UUUUUUAACUUAUCCCACUGCAUCCUUUAAUUUCCAUUAUUAUCAUUAUUAUUAUUAUUUUGGCCUUCUUGAUCUCCUUUCGCUGCUUCCUCUUUUUUUAAUUUCCGUUUUUUUUUUUUUGGCUUUCUUGAUCUGCUUUCGCUGCUUCCUCUUUUUUCUGUCUCUCUCUACUUUUUUUUCUAGGAGUUUCUUUUAUGUUCAGAUUGUUUUUUGCUUUAUAAAUAUCUAUCAGAUCUCUCUUAAGUUUGUUCUUUUAAAAAUAGAGCUAGAAAUCUUCUUGCAUAUAUAUAUAUAUAUAUAAACAUAGAAAAUACCAAGAAGAAAGGCUUACAAGAACAUGAGUGACUCCCCUGCUUCCUAUAUUCACAUGGUGCACCACCUGAUAGAGGAGUGUAUGGUAUUCAAUAUGAGCAAGGAAGAGUGCAUGGAAGCCCUCUUCAAGCAUGCAAAUAUCAAGCCUGUUAUAACCUCCACAGUGUGGAAGGAGCUAGAGAAAGAGAAUAAGGAGUUCUUCGAAGCCUACGAAAAGAGAAGGGAAAGGAAUGGAGAGUCUGGGAUGGAGACAGAGCAAAAGAUCCAAAGAGCUUGAAUUUCGGAUUCUUCCCAAAGAAAUAGAGAUGGGUUUUGAUUCAGAAAACCAUGUUUUGGGUCUUUUAUUAUUAGCUUUGUUAUUUUCUACGUAAAUGCUGUAGAUAAGAAGGUGGAUAAUAAAGACAAAAGGUUUAUCAAUUAAAGAAAUAAAAAAAAAAUUGACCAAUGGGGGUUAUAAUACGACGUCGCAGGAAGAGAAUCGGUUGUCCAUAUGGAGAAGCAAAAUUAAGAAACGUGAUGGCGUGCUCAAACGUGUCUAGGAGGGUGCAUGGAGUUGACGACACGUUGUAAACACGUGGCGUUGCCCCUCCACACCGUGUGAGUAGACAAAACUCCUAACGUUGUUGAAUUGGUCUAUCCAUAUUUUAUUUUGACAUUGUGUGCGUCUUAUUGUUUAAAAAAAAAAAAAAUGUUCGAUUUGUAAUUGCACUUAGAUUGUUGAUUGUUGUAAGGAUGAUAAUGUGGUAUGAAUAUUGUAUCAAAAAUAUUACUCUUA